AUGCGGCAUUGCCGUCGGCUUUUUGCCGGAUCGGGGAACAACACGACAGCGUCCUCGAGCGGCCCCAUCGUGUCGCUGCGUGAGGCGACACGUCUUGCUAAGAUUGCUGGCUGCUUUGACUCCGCUACUGGGUCGUCUUCGUCUUUGUUGCGCCGCUGCACCGAUCCCGUAUGCACGCAGAAUCGAAACGUCGCCAGCUCUUCCUCCUCCUGGGAAGUAAUCAAACGUCGGCAACAUCAGGUGUUCAACGAGCGGCACUUAACCGCCGAGAACACCAUUGCUGUCACGGUGUCGUGUGUGAACAUGGCGCAUCUCUCCGUAUACGUGCGCUCAGUCCAAUGCGGGUGCCCGGUGUCUCACGCGCCAGGACCGUCGGGAGAGGGCGCGCCUGGCAAGCGCACCAUCGCCACGGCAACGUUGACGAAUCAAUCUUGCGCCGUGUUGCUCCUGUGGGUGUCGAUGGGGUCACCUGAGUUGUUGGCCGUGCGGUGCGCGCUGUCUCCUGGUGCUGUGGACACGUGCUGGCGUGCGGCUCCAGCCGCGGCGAGCAGCGACACCACUAAGACUGGCGGCACGAGCCAGAGUGCUGCGCCAUCCUCGAUGCUGUCGGAGAAGGACAAGCUGCGCCGCAUAAAGGCCUGGGCCGAGGAGCUGGUUCUCCAUCGAUGGGUGGUGGUCACUGGCCAGCUGCGCAUGGAGGACGUGUACGACGGCGAUUUGCAAAAGGUAGUGACGGUGCCGGUGCUGGAGGUAGCAAGGGACAAUUUUAAGGGUAGCGUGCGUACGCUGCCGCCAGAAUUUCUAUGA